AUGACUUCACAUCGCUAUGAGCCCGUUAAUACUCGCAACGAAGACGAUGCUGUAGGCUCCCAAACCAUACAGCCUAUACCGUCAUCCCCUCCUCCCUCCUUUCAUUCACGGACACCGUCCCCAACAUCUCGCCGGCUCCUAUCCCAAGACCCCUUGCACUCAGAUGCCGACCGGACGCUCGCCGAUGCGUUUGGCGAUGAUGAUGGACACAGUGAUGACGAAGAAGGGGACGAUGACAGGCAGCGUUUGAUGAGGGGGAGCCCUGCCAACACCACGCCCGACCAUAGCACCCCGGAAACGCCAGCAAGGAGUAGUAAUUCACAAGCCAGGGCUAAUGCAUCGGCGUCUCGAGUAAUCCGUGGUGCCAACGACGGAGUGUUUGCGAAUCUAUCGGCCAAACCAGAGCGAGGAGAGAAGCUUGAUGAUCUACCACCGACUUAUGAGCAAGCAGCCGCAGAUGCUGCUCCUCCGUACUGGGAGACGACCAUCGUUGCUCCCGGCAUGUCCUCAGACGAGGUAUACGUCGAAGGUCUCCCCGUUGGAUCCGUCUUCUCCUUUGCCUGGAACGGCAUGAUCUCGACCUCGUUUCAACUCGUUGGUUUCCUACUCACCUACCUCCUACACACGACUCAUGCUGCCAAGAAUGGAAGCAGAGCUGGUCUCGGCCUCACCAUGGUGCAGUACGGCUUCUACAUGAGGAACACGGAUGGAUACAGCCCUCCUGACACGGGCUCGGAAGACGACGGAUAUGUAAACCCACCGGAUCCGAACAGCCACGACUUCAACCCUAGCGCCGUGGAUGGUUCAUCGGGCGGAUCUGGCACUGCACCACUACAUGGCCUCACAACAAGCGACUGGCUUUCCUAUAUCCUCAUGGUUGUCGGCUGGUUCAUCCUUAUCCGUGCUAUUAGCGACUACUUACGGGCACGACGACAUGAACAGUUGGUGCUCCAGAGCCCUAACCGUGGCCUCCCUGUCCCCAUCAUCGCCGAAAACGAACGAUCGGAGACAGCAGUAUGA